AUGUUCUCUCCUCGUGUCCUCUUCGGCCUCGCUGCCAUCCUCGGCAUGACGGUCACCCACGCCGCCGCCCGUACCGUCGAGAUCCGCUACAACGGCGAAGCCAAGAACCUCGUUGUCUUCAACGGUCAGCCCGACAACAAUGUCAUCUCCAUCCCCAUCGAGCCCAGCGGUGACCUGAUCGGCAGCGAGGCGUUCAAGUUCAAAGUCAAGGCCGCCGAGGGUGAGGGGAAGCGCAAGGAGACCAGAUGCGAGGUGAAUGGCAAUUGGGGUACCUCGGAAGACCUGGUAGUAUUCCAUAUCAGCGAUGAGCCCGAGGACUGGGUGAUGCCUUGUGGCAAGGUCAGCGGGUUCAAGGCCACCUGUGAGGGCUUGGGCGACCAGGGGUGGUUCAAGGGUGACCUAUCGUCCCAAGGGGCUGCCGCACCUCAACACGAAGGACCCUUUCUACUCUUGUCCCGUAUCGACUGUGCGGUCGAACGCGAGACGACAAUGCACUACAGACCGCGGGAUGAUAAGACAGCAUCUGGUCUGCAAUUUGCCCGACUCUGCUCGCAUCAAACAAGACCGCAUCAAAGAAUCAUCCGCAGUAUGCUCUCUCCGCAAAUUCUCUUCGGCCUCGCUGCCAUCCUUGGAGUCACUCAGGUCAUCGCUCGUACUGUGGAGAUCCGGUACAAAGGCGACGACAAGAACCUCGUCACUUUCGAUCCGAGCAAGCCCGAGAGCAAUGUCAUCUCGAUCCCCAUCGAGCCCAACGGCAACCUGAUCGGCAGUCAAGCGUACCGAUUCAAGGUGAAGGGCGUUGAGGGGAAGCGAAAGGAAGCUUCCUGGACCAGAGCUGACAAGCUCUUACAGUGCGAGGUGAACGGGAGCUGGGCUGCCAAGGAAGACAUUGUCAUCUUCAACAUCAACGGCGAUGAGCCCGAGGACUGGGUGACGCCGUGUGGCGUGUUCGGCGGGUUUGAGGUGACCUGCGAAGGGAUGAGCAGGUGCGCUCAGGCGAUACCCAAGCAGGAAGGCAGACCCCUCUGA